CAGCGCUACUUCCCGUUAGUGAGGCGGACUGUUUGGAGCUUACGAUUUCAUGUACUCUUAGUAGGGGCUUGGGUUGUUGCAGGUAUUGGGUUUGUUUUUGGCUGUUUCCUGGCCACUUAUCAAAUUGACAAUCCUCCCUGCGUUUUUCAAAUGGGUGAACGUAAGUCUGAUGGUCAAUGUGAGUCUAAGAGCUGUCGAAUCCAUUAUACCCGAGUAAGUUUGUUCGACAAAAUAAUGUUCUACGCUAUUAGGAAGAAAUCCUGGCAGUUAAAGAAAAUGCGGUUUCUACUGCUGAAUUUUCGGACGAAUUCUCUCGGAUAAAUGCUUCUGUUAUGCGUUCAACUCGCGGAAGGCCUAGACCCAAUUCUUUUUCUAAAACUCAGGGAGGUGGUACGUUAAGUAAAUUCAUUAACAAACGGUUUGUACAGAGAAGACUCGAGAUGCUUCCAACAUAGUCCUCGGUCCUCAAAAACGUUCGUGGAACACUGGUUGUCAUGUCUCUCAACAGCCUCAAGGUCGUGAAACGUCAGAUGCAAACAAUUCUACUCGUUGGCCUAAAUUUAGCUCAGAAAACCGAUCCUACGACAAGCAGCAUUGUAAAACGACUAGUGACUACAAAAGAGAGUAUCGGUCCAACGAUAUUCGUGGCUCCGGUCGAGGUCGUGAUCGCGGGCUGGGAAAACAUGCUGAAAGUGCUCCGUUUGUUAAAAACCACAGCAGAGAAGACCGUUACAGUCAUGACCGUCGAAUUUCUUGUUCGCACAGCGAUGAUGAACCUGAGUGGUUUGCAGAAGGUCCUACCACGGUUAACGAAACGAUUGAACUUGGAGGAAUUUUAGAAGAAACCGUGGAAUGUGGCUCACUCAGAAAGUGCGUAGGAGUGGAAAAUGAUAUUUCGCAAGUUGAUGAUAGUAUAUUGACAAAUUCGAGCAUUAGUAAUAGAAACGUCUUUGAUGACAAAGCCUUGGAAGACGACAGCAAUGCAUUCCCUGAACAACCAAGCAAAUCCACAACGAGUGUCACGGAUCAGGUGAUGUCCGAUAAUCAGGGAAGCCGUUUCAAACACCUGUUUCAAAAGAAUGAGAUAUCAGAUGAAAACAAGCUUCCGAACAAACCAGCUUCUUUAGACAAUAUCAACGAACAGUUACUUAAGUUGCUGAAAGGUCCAUGCGGAAAUUCUGCCAGUCAUCUCAGUCCUGAAAAGAACAGUGUUGAAAAUAAGCUUCGCUCUAUUCUACUUGGACAUGGCCCUGUUAAUCCCCCGAAUGUUGGGCCGGUCAAAGAAUCAAAACCAGCAGUACUAACUGUUGAAGAAAUUGAAGCUCAGCUUAAAUUACCUCAAGGAGAUUCAACUGAUAUAAACGAGUCAAUCGAUCCAAUCGUUGAUCCUCUUACUCAUUAUUCGGAUCCUUUCAUAGAUGAUCAAGCCAUUAAAUCUCGUGGCAUACCUAUUGGCUCAUCAAAAAACUGUGGCUUGUUUUCUCAGUCAGGAACGACUUCCAAUCUGGUGCCUAUUUUGCAAUCACUGAUGAUCAGGAAACAGCAAAACUCCGUCUACUCUCAGUCUACAAAUCCGCAGGAUUCACACUCACAUUUUGGACUGGUCUCAAAUUUUAUGGGAGAUGCCACGUCUGCAGGUCCAUGUAUUAGUCGAUUGCAAAACCCAGGUGUCCCCCUUGACGUACCUUGUGAUGUCGAUCUACCUUCGCAUGGUCCCCUUCGUCAAAUUUGGAAUGGCACGAGGGAUGUUGCUUCUCACACAAGCCCACAACUGCACCCCUUAGGUAAUAACAGCAGUUUUACUGAAUCUAAGUUUAGGUUUGUAUCCUGAUGCAUCUAGAUGUCAAACUAUUAAAACUCCGGACUCAGGAUUACCUGGAAGACCUAUAGUUAAGGCCCAACAAAAUAUUUUCGCUGAUUACAACUCAAAUAAACAGGCACCAAACUCUACUUUCAAUAAUAACCAAAGCCAUUUGUCUGUCAAUCCAUCAGUUCACCAAGGUAGGUAAUGCCGUUUCUGUGUGUGUAUGUAGUUGUGAAGGUUAGUUGUAUCUAAGAUUACUUAUCCUCUUACAUGUGAUACAAUCUUAAUGACUACAUUGUGAAAUGUAAUUUCCAUAUAAUUCAUAAUUGAUUCCUUUUUGUUGGAAGUUUGACUAAUUUGAACUGACAUUGCUCAUCUUGCGUUUCGUUCAUCUCAUUUAGUUUUACGAAAUGGCAAACUUUUCACUCGAAGCAUUAAACUAAGAUUGAUGCCUGAGUAAUUCUUAUCAUAAUGCCUAUUCAUAAUCAAAGCCAUACUACUUCCCGAACAUGAAUACUACAGUAGUAAGCUGUUUCCCAUAAGCAUUAUGUUCUGUUCCCUUGUCAUUUGCUUUCUGUUCUUAGGAGCAAAAUUAUCAAUUAACAGUCAUCUCCAAAGUGUGUAGCUUCGUCAUCAGUAUUCUUUUAAAGUCUUAUCAUUUUGCUUCGUAUCUUGCAUCUAGCUUCAGCCCUGUUUACUCGGUGGUCCCAGCAUUCUUUAGCAAUGCUUCAUAGUUACUUUUAAUCAAGUAGUAACAACCGGAUAUUUGUUUUUUAAGGUCAGUUUUCACAGCCAUAAGGCUAAGAUGAAACCAGUUGCUGUUCGGCUUACUCGUUCUUGUUUUGCAAACAGACAUCUUACCUACACCACGGGUGACUCAUGCUGACAAAAGUCAAGCGGCCAGGUGGAUGAGAUUAUGUUCAUUUCCCAGACUCGCUGGUGUUUCAGUUUGUCGAAUUGGUUAACCUAAACUAUCCUAAAAGAGUUUAACGCAUCAUAACCCACUAAAAUCCCUCGCUUUAAAUUAACUUUAGUCCUGUCAACUGUAUUAAGAGUUGGGAGGAGCCUAUUUAAAUCUACCAUUUUCCAAUUAGGCCCUCAAUAUAAAUGAGUUGCAUAAUUAUUAUAACUUAGACCCAAGUUGUAAUUGACAAUUGCUACAGCCAGGUAAUGUGACAUUUUGGAGAGUGUUGCAAACAACUCUAGAUUUUGGUGUUGGGAUCGAAAAUUUUUGUUAUUUCUAACUAAUGAAUUUUAACCCCUCUCAUCUGUGUAAAAUAAAUUGGUAGAUAUGCUAGUUUUCUACAUUAAACACAGUUACUACCAACGUCCUUGUAAAGUCUGUAGUACGAUUUCAACCUUGAACCGAAAAGUGAGUAGUCACUGUAAAGACAUGUCCAUACUCUGAUCUGAUCGUUUACAUAUUGCAUACAACGAACCUAGGUGAGUUAUACUGCGUUAAAGCAAAAUUAACUCUUGGUUUACUGCAGUUAAUUCAUGUUUUAUGAAUGUUUUUAACUUUUUGUAAUUAUUAUCUUCAGACUCUAGCCAUCGUCUGCUUGAUAUGAAUGUGAAGCAGUUCUACCUUGGCAGUAUUGAGCCCUCAAAUCUAAAUAAUUCUCAUGGAUCUUUACCGUGUUCAAAACAAAACUAUGGAAAUUUAUUGCCGUUCCAAAGCUCAAGCCCAUCACUAGCGUCAUCUAUUAAUUGGAAUAAGAAUUCCUCUGCUCAACACCAAACUAAGGUUAAUGAAUCUCUAACUAGUAAUGGAAGUUUGACUUUGUUAUCACAACUAGUUGAGUGGGAAAAAUCAAAACAACCACUUAGAUCUAAUCCAUCCUUUAAUCCAACGAAGGCGAAAACGCUAGAAGAAAUAGAACAAGCAGAGUCUUCAAGAGCUAAUAUAUUCUUUUGAAUUUGCAAAACUCGUGUACCUAGAUUAGAGACUCCCAGAAAUUUCGUCGGGUUAAUUUCAUUCCUUACCAGAUCUUGUAAAUUUAUUUUCUAUAUAAGAUCUGCGUAGUUUUCGCAUGUGCGGAAACAGUGUACAUAAUUUAAUUUUCUUCACAAGAUUGCGAUAUACUUGUUUGCGUAACUAUUUAAUUCUGUCAAUACUUUUCUGUGAAUAUUUCCCUUUAUACUGGAAUUCCAGUAACAGAUCCCUUUUGGUUUCCUAAAAUUGCACUUCAGAUGUGCUCAGUUUAUUCUCAUUUUCCCUUAUUUUGUUGAAUAACCACAGUUUAUGCAUUUCUUUCUGACAGUUUCGUGUUUUGUCGUUACUGACGUUCGAAAAUAAAAAAAAUGUUUCUUGGAUACGUGUAUAUCUAAAAAAACAUUUGUCUCAAUAAAUAAAAGUUAAGUCAGGAAAUUUUUUCGUAGUUGAGAUAUCUAUUAAACCUAGUCGUGAAUGUGAUUGUGCAAUAUGAACUGAAGCUCUUAACUGUUACUCGAAUAGAUCUAGUUGGACGUAGUGAAAUACUGAGGAUGGACAAACUGGUAAGUGAAGUCUUGACAAAUGUUUAGGACGCACUAUACGUUUUGUAAAUAGCAUUCAAGUACAAAGUACUUCGUGUUUCGAUAAAUUUAAAUUAUUAAAUUAAAUAUUUUUGCCAGUUUCCGAAAUAUGAGGUUAUUUAACUGAGUAACUAGAUAUAUUCACUGUUUAUGGUGGUCUUGAAUCAUGUACAAGGAUCAGUUGACAUUUUAAUGUUGGAAAGUAAACUUGUUUUAGUCUAACGAUCCUACUAACCUGUGCUAUGCGUGGCAUCACACCUAAACCGUACAUUAGUUAUGUUAGAGGGGAGUGUUUUCCAAAACGAUGAGAGUUAGGAUAAAAAUGUGAUGGAUGUAGGAUCACUGUUGAAAUAAAAGUAGUGGACAAUUCGCACCUACCAAGGAUUUCUGUACAAAAUUUUCAGCUUGUAACAUUCAGUUUAUUUGUAAUGAUAAGAUUACAUUGAAAGUUACGUCUACAUUUUACUAGAAGAGAAUCAGAGUGAUAGAUUCUGACGUCACAUUGAUAUACAACAUAAUGGCAACGAGGAAUUUUGUUUAAUUAGAAAUAGUCUGGUUUUUUAAUUAAGUGUAUUUUUCGGUAUGUCGUCUGCUAACACUUUCCUGAAAAAGUUAUUUUGGAGAGUUUUUUAAAUUCGUUAUUAGGCGUCACAUAAAACUAUGAUUCCAUUUCAAAUAGACAAGGGUGUCGAUUUUUACGGAAAUAUAUUAGCAAAUUUAAAAGAUCCUUUGUUGGAAAAAGUUAAUAAAAAAUGAAAGUCCUAUAAUCUAUCGCUUAUGGAUUUAAAAGUGCAUAUUACUUAGUAGUUUCUGAGUCAGGAUAAAACAAAUUACAAUCAUUUUUCUAUUUUAAAAUGGUUUCCUAACUAGUUAUGUAUUUAUCCAUGAGCCACAUGAUGAGAACUGUUAGUUUUUCUUCUGUCAACAAAAGUGUAAGAUAUUUUGUGUAAUCCACAGUGUAACUAUGACCACAUAUUUCAGAUUGGAAUUGAUAUCCAUUAAUUUUUGAUUUCCAGUGAAAUCUGUCCAUGGUCUUUUCCAUUCAUUCCGUCGUCAUAAGUUUUCGUUUUUUCUCUUCGCGUAUAAAUAAAACCAGUACGCUAGCUAUAAGUCGUCAGAUUCACUAAACUGGAUUUGUCACACGUCAACUAAUUAGUACUACACAAAUAAAAUUUCUGAAAGUUCAUAUAUUCUUGGUCUAAUUAGGUUUCAUAAAUUUAAAAUCCUAACCAUUUCGUCGAACCUAGACUUAUUGACAGACUGUUAUAUAUCCCAGUUCUUUUUCGUAAUAUUUAUUACGAAUAUUUCUAUCUGUC